GCAGGCGCUGCACUGUCUGCACAGGCAGCACAGCUGAACUUUUUACGCGGAAUAACUCAAAACUUUGAAAACAAAAAAAUGGACAUCAUAUCUCACAAAGCAGAAAUCUUCCAGUCCAAACUGAUUGAAAAUUUCCAGCUACUGGAGACAUUUUCAGAGCAAGGAAGAAAGCGAGCUCCAGUCUACAACACAACAGAUAUAUUAAAGGGGUCAUUGUUUGAGAAAUUGACUUUAACUGUCCCUGAGCAAACGAUUAAAUUCAAAGUCUACAAACGUGAUCAUGUAGCCCCCGAAAUCAAGACUGACAAGAGACUGGGUAGAAUAAGAAAUCAGAACAAACUUCCAUUGGGCGUAUGGGCUACUUGGAUCAGUGAGAGCCCAGUCUUUCAGAUAUUUCUCUUUGUUCUUACUAUUGUCAAUUCUAUAACAAUUAGCAUUCAAGGAGAGCUAUCUCCUAUUGAUGAGAGGCUUGGUAUACUUGCAUUGAAGGAGAUUCUCAUAUUCAUUGAUUUAUUUUCAAUUGCAAUGUUCUUCACUGAGAUAUGGCUUAAAAUAAUUAGCUCCAGUUUCAAAGAUUUCUGCAAAGACAAUUGGAAUAUAUUUGAUUUGAUUAUAACAACUCUGUCUACUUUACCAACAAUCAUUAGCCUCUUUUCACAGUCAAGAUUAGCAGAACAAUUAGCAGGGUUCAGGAUACUUAGGGCAGUUAAAAUAGCAUACAAGCUUAGCCAUCUUCGUAUGAUUGUCCUGACCACUUUGAAAGCCUCCAAAUCACUAAUAUUCAUCACAAUACUACUUGUGACUGUUGCUUACAUCUUUGCUAUUGUUGGUACUGUUAUUUUUGAGCCUUACUCGACCUCUCAACGAACUGAUCUAAACUUCACUAGAAGCUUCCGGUCACUACCUAAUACAAUGGUGACAUUGUUCCAACUCCUAACAUUUGAAGGAUGGCACAACCUCUACAGUGACAUUGCUAAAGUAUCCAACAAGGUUCUUGCUGGUUUGUACAUAUUGCUGUGGAUAUGGGUCGGGGCUUUCAUUUUUAGAAACCUCAUAGUGGGAAUCAUGGUGAAUAAUUUUAAAACAAUAUCAAUGGCAGUUGAAGAGGAGAGGAUCCAUCAAGAGAGACAGAAAGAGCUGAUGAGACUAAAAAGGGAACUACACAGUGAAAUAGUUAAACAAGAAGACAUAAGGAAUGAAGAAAUAAAUAUUAAAGAGAAAGACAUCUUUUCCGAUGGUUGGGACAAGACAGUCAAUUCAUAUCUUCUUGCAUUAGCCAGUGAUCCUAAGGAAACACUGUGGCCUCGUGAUACUCUCUUUAAGUAUUUACAACUGAUGGAGCAAUUGCAGGAGAACUUGGAGGAGUACGAUCAGAUUCAGGAACUUACCAGAGAGUGCAUAUUAAGUUUUCAUGAUACUGACAAUGAAGACCCACACUUGCAAGGAAGUGUUUAUUCACAAGACACUUCACUCUGUGAAGAGAGCCACUCACUAGCUGAAGUAGACGAAACCGAAAGUCAUCAUGGACAGCAUCCAGAAACUGAGUCUAUGGAGACACAAGUCUCACACACACACUCAUUGUCACAUGGAGGAGAUGCUAGGUCAUACAGCAGUCGUUUGAGUGUGCCUUUGAAGCAUCAGUCACAAUGGAAGAGAGCUAGAAGAGAAGCACACUCCUCACAUUUACAUGGAGGUCUAACUGAACCUAAAGUUGAGAGUCCAGCAGAGUUCACCAUUCCUACCAUUCGCAUUGAAGACAUUGAAAGUGAACAUUUUGAAGAUCACAAGAUAGAAGGACCCGAUACUAUUGAGGAGCAAGAAAGCAUGUCUUUUUGAAUAUGACACUGUAGUUUAUAACAUUGCCUGUGAUUUAUAGAAAUGUCCGUUUUUGAAAUUAAUAAACUAAGCAGGUAAUCAUUUUGAAAAUGACAGAGAUA